AUGUUAAAUCCAACAGGGUCAUUAGAUUUAAGAAGGCUCACGUAUUCCUUGGCCCUCACAUCACCUGCUUCAAAGUGUGAAACUCCAUUCUGUUCAGGCACCUGUUUCGCCACGUUUUCCCUCUGGAAGUUGAAGAACACAAACCUGCCCAAGAAAAGGGAGAGUCCAGUGCUCAAGCUGAUCACCAGUGAAGGGUUGAGCUCGGCCUUGAUUUUAAGGCUGCUCGGGCUGGCCUUGGUGCGGCAGAAGGUGGCGGAGAUGGGUUUCUGGAAGGUGGUGUCAGUGGGUUUGUUGAGGGGUCUAAGACCUUGGAAAGUUGGUGUGGAGAACAAAGUGGAUGCCAUUAUGGUGGUGGUGGGAGGAGGAGGAUUUGGGUAUUAUGUUGAUAAAGGGAGUGUGGAUAUUAUUAAUCAAAGAUGA